UCGGAAACUACAGGAUAAUGCAUUAUACUGAUACUGAUACCGAUAUGAAGCAAAAAGUGAAAGAACAACGAGCAUGAUGAUGAUGAUGCUGAUGAUGAUAAGAAGUAGCUUUAUGCCGGCGAUGAAGAAGAAGACACCGUAGGUAUUUCGUAUUCGUAAAUGAAAAAGAACAACUAGUAUCAUGAUACUCAUUCCCAGUACUGCGUAAAAGUACUCCAAACCCUCCUCAGCGUUGCAAGCUAGCAAGCAGAUCCAUUAUUUUCGAGGUCUUUGCAAUUUGAUUUUUUUUUGGAUUGGGUAUGAUAUGUUUUUUAAGAACUGACAGCCCACCUGUCACUGUCAGACGGAGCGUGAGAAAUCAGUGCAAUGGAAUUCGCGAAGGCCGUUGUGUAGCGGAUGAUCCGCACCGUAAUUGUGCUUUAUAGUACAUCUACACGGCGAUAUCAAUCUGUUACUCCUACCUCCAAAUGCAUAGCUGAAACGCAUGGGAACGCUUUCGCGGCACCUCGAAGUAAAGAUUUCGGACACUAAAAAAGAUGCUAGCUCUCGGUGCGCAACGGGCGCGCUCAGUUCCUAUGUUGGCGCUACAGGUUGGAAGCGUGCCUAUGCCAGCAGAAUUGAUUUACCUAAAUGCAUUUCCAUUUCCCAGCGACCACGAGUAAAGUUGUCUUGAGACUUAACUCGUCUAGCGAGCACGAAGAUGCUAAUAAAACUAGGUCAACUCCAAUUCGCACGAAUUUUAAACUUGCGGGCAGUUGCCGCCUUUCGGUAUGUGGCAGGAGAUGUCUUAGCCUAGAUGGAGGGACGCGCUGUGAUUGCCCCGAUUGCUUCGCGUCUCACCUCUUCCGGCCAUUCUGUGCCAUGAGAAACCUCGGCAAAAUGACCUGUCCCCUGGUAUGGUUUCUGAAGGACGAUGUGGGGUGACGUGUGUAGUAAGCAGCCCAUCAUCCCAUUGCGCGAAGCAGGAAUGAUGCGCUUUUUUUUGUGUGAGAUCGUCCCUGUCCAUGUGGCACAUAAGUAGCGUCGAC